AUGAAAAUUUUACGACGUUGUCCUUCAUUGCCAUUUACGUAUAGUAAAUUGAAAUUGUUGAACCAGUGUUUUGAAAAGAAUAUUGUCGCUGUGUUUUCAUCUUACAGACCUUUAUUGCCCCGAACAAAGAGAGGCGUCACUAAUGAGGCUAAACAUUUUAUUGAUUAUAAGGAGGUGCAGGUAUAUGGGGGUGAUGGAGGAGAUGGCUGCAUGUCAUUUGCAAAAAUUCCAAGGAAAGAAUUUGCAGGGCCUGAUGGAGGAGAUGGUGGAAAUGGAGGACAUGUCAUAUUCAUAGCCACCACUACAGAGAAAUCAUUGAAUCAUUUAUCCUCAGACAUCAGAGCUGAUAAAGGAGUGGCUGGAAAAUCACAAAACUGCCAUGGUGCUUCUGUGGAUCACACAUAUGUAAAAGUUCCAAUGGGAACAGUGAUCAGCUCCAUGAAUGGCCAGGAACUUGCUAAUCUGGAGUGUGAUGGAGACUAUUAUGUGGCAGGGAGGGGUGGAGUUGGGGGAAAAGGCAAUCAAUUCUUCCUGUCCAAUGAAAAUAGAGCACCCACAAUAGCAGAGAAAGGGGGCAAGGGAGAGUACCACCGCCUGAGAGUAGAACUGAGAACAAUGGCUAAUAUUGGUCUGAUAGGAUUUCCAAAUGCCGGGAAAUCUACACUUCUGAGGGCCAUUACUAGGGCCAAACCUAAGGUAGCGGCAUAUCCAUUCACAACACGAAACCCAUUUGUUGGAAUUAUGGAGUAUUCAGACCAUGAGCAAAUUACAGUUGCAGAUAUUCCGGGGCUGAUUGUGGGAGCUCACAAGAAUUUAGGCCUGGGGUUUUCCUUUCUACAACACAUACAGCGUUGUGCCUGUCUCCUCUAUGUUAUAGACCUGUCGUAUACCGAACCCUGGACCCAGUUCAGAGCCCUACAGUAUGAACUUGAACAGUAUCAAGAGGGACUCUCUACACGACCUAAUUUGAUUGUGGCCAACAAGGUGGAUCUAAGUGUGGCGGAGAAAAAUCUGGAGGUGUUAAAAGCCAAUGUAGACUUACCUGUUAUUGCAAUUUCUGCAGCCAAACAGACUGGGAUUGAGGAAUUAAUGAUGAAGAUUAGAAAACUUUAUGAAAAGCAUAAAUCUGAUGAAAAGAAAACCAUAAAUGAAGCUAGAGGGAAAGUGAGAUAGUGUAUUUGAAGACAAACAGUUCAAAACUUUAUAUUAUGACAUACUUAAAAUGUUAUUAAAACAAGAGUAGAAAUGUUUUAAAGGGAAGGUGACUUUUGUAAUGUAAAUUUAUAUCUCCGCUAUACAAAAAUCUUAAGGAGCCUCUAAACAAUAAGUAAAAAUGUUUUGGGGACUUUUGAAAAAAAAAACUGUUUCAUAUAAAAGUGUACAUGUAUUGAUUUUAUCUAGUUCAUUUUCAACAUAUAUUUCCUCAGGAAAAAUAUUCAGAUAAUGAAGUGUUAGUAAACAG